AUGUCCGCAAAAUCGAAGUCAAAGCAACAGGAAGCGCUGCAGUUCCUGGACGACCUCGAUAACCUCGAGCCUCCUCCCACGGAUGCGCCGUCCUUGGCCGCGCCAACGGCCCAACCCUCAACGGAGGGCGAAGCAGAGGUGUUCGCAUUCAUCGACGAGAUCACUCAGAAGAGCUCUGAGCCUCCGCGCGUGCACAUCGAUCGUCCGCUCUCGCGCGCCGGCACACCUACCGUGCGGAAGAGCACCGAGCGCGUCAAGCUCGGCGGCGCGGCGCCCCUCCUCCCUGGGUCCGUCCCGCUCUCCAGGACAGACUCGGCGAGCUCGAGGGUGAGCGUUGCCUCUGCGAAGCAGCCCGAGGCGCCGCGGCAGGAGUCCCAACCCUCGGCGGGCGGAUGGGGAUGGGGGAACGUGUGGUCGACAGCGAGCACCGCGCUGCAGCAGGCCAAGUCCGUCGUCGACGAGCAGGUGAAGAACCUUCCGAAGAACGAACAAGCCCGUAAAUGGGGCGAGGGCGUGCUCGAGUACGCUAAGGCUGCGCAGUUGGAUAAGCUCAGCCAGGACUUCAAGCGAGUCGGACUUUCGACCCUAACGGACAUCCUGAAUGUCGUCGCACCGCCCAUUUCGGAGCAUGAAGUCAUCAAAGUGUGGCUUAGCCACGACAUGCAAGGAUAUGAGGGCAUCGAGACCUUGGUGUACCGCGCGCUUCUACGCAUUAUGGAACAGGUCGAGGGUGGUGACCUCGUCGUGAACCGCGGCGACGAGUCGCGUCCCAAGGACACCGCGGAAACCAAGCGAGAUCUGAACGCGCUCGACGGCUAUGACGCUGCCCUGAAGCUCGCACAGGCGAACCUCGAAGAGUUAAUGAGACGCAACGUGAAGCCCGAACAAUCCACCUCGUCGGCGACUCAGAACCCGACUACGUACUCUUACGUCUACCUGCGCGUCCAACCGUACACGACCACGUACGCACUACCCCAACUCCACGCGGACAGCGACGCGGCGGCCGCUGUGCCAAAUCCCACCACUCAAUCAUCUCUGCAAUUCCUCAUCUGCCUGUCCGACCCAGAGCAUAACAUGAUCCAUUCCACGGUCACACAGUCCGUUCCCACGAAAUGGCUCGACCUUUGGGACGAGUAUGAUUGGGUGGAGGACCUCGUCGUCGAAGCCAUCAGAGUUGGUGUCGAAGUUAUCGGACAGGAGUACAUCGGAUCGCGCAUGGGCUGGGACAAGAAGGGUGCCGAGAAGGGGGCUCCCGAGGAAAGUUCAAUCAAUGAGCAGGCUGCAUCGUAG